AUGAGGUUAUCUUUGGUGGCUUCAAAGUUUAAUGUACCACCAAGGGCAUUCUUUGCACUGCAUGUUAUAAAACUGUCCUACAGCAUGGGCAUUACAAUUCUGCUGUACUUAAGUACAGUUUUUUCAAACACUUCAAUAUGUGGCGAGGAGUAUAAUGAAAGAUCGAUUGUAUGUGUGGUGAAGUGCAAGCAUGCAUUUCAUCCAACUUGUAUAGAUCGGUGGUACACGGAGAGUUCAACCUGUCCAUAUUGUCGGUCGGACAUUGUGGUAUCGUCACUGAUCGACUAUCGAUACGAGACAAAUGUUAAGAAUGGCGAUGUGGUAGCGAAAAUCACACUGACAACGAUGUAA